CUUUAACUUGUUUUCAUCUGGCUGUUGACCAGCUGUCUAUCCUUCGAACGCUCACCUGCCACGCGCGGUGCACACUACCGCAACUCUCAAGUGUAUCGACCCUUUGACAGUUCUCCCGUCUGCCUGUCUGCUUCUUCGCCAACACAUUCACUUUCCCCCUAUCGCUCACCUUGCAUCAACACCAUCAUGUCGAGCAGCAACUCUCAGCCCGAUGCCGGUACCAUCGCCUCGGAUUUCAUCCAGGCGUACAAUGCAAAGCUUAGUGCAGUCGCACCCACCGCCGUAGGAUCCCAGGUCCUGUUGAUGUCCGUGAUAUCGCUUGUCACGGUCCUUGCUUUUAACAUUCUCCGACCACAGAAUAAGAUCAUCUACGAACCAAAGAGCAAGUACUUCGAGGGGGAUAAACGUCCACCCAAGAUUCCAAAUGGCUUUUUCGACUGGGUCAAGCCCCUACUCACCACCAACGAAGAUACUCUCAUGCAUCUUAUCGGCCUGGACGCCGUUGCAUACCUUCGAUUCCUCCGUAUGCUCCGAUAUCUCUUCGUUAUCGUCGCCGCCCUCGUCUGCGCUGUCUUGAUUCCCGUCAACGUUGUAUUCACCAAAGGCCACACCGCCAACUACAACACCCUCAGUAUGCUUACCAUCGGCAGCGUCAGCGGCAAUAUCCUCUAUGUACAUGCCGGUAUAACAUACCUAAUCACAUUUAUUAUCCUCGGUUUCGUGUACAUCAACUGGCGCAGAAUGGUGGAGCUGAAGAUUCGUUUUUUCCGCUCUCCAGAAUAUAUUGAAUCAUUCUACGCUCGUACUCUCAUGAUCCGUCAUGUGCCACAGGAACUGCAGUCCGAUCUUGGUAUCCAAGCCCUCUUCCAGUCCUUACAGGCCCCAUAUCCUACAACAGACGUUUAUAUUGGCCGUCAAGUUGGAAGCUUGCCAGAGCUUAUCGAGUAUCACAACGAGACCGUCCGCAAGCUCGAACACGUCCUCGUCUCUCAUCUUAAAGGAGGCCAGGUAGGCAAGAAGCGACCCACUAUCCGGUUAGGUGCUACGAUGGGUUGUGGUGGCGAGCAAGUUGAUGCCAUUGAUCACUACACUGAAAAGAUUAAGAAGCUUGAAGCAACCAUCGAGGACCAGCGUGCCAAGAUCGACUUGCGCAAAGCUGAAGACUACGGCUUCGCUUCUAUGGCAGCUGUUUCGUACGCUCACGUGGUCGCACGUAUGGUGUACAACAAGACGCCACAGGGCGCCAAGAUCACCAUGGCUCCUAACCCUAAGGAUAUCAUUUGGAAGAAUCUCAAGCUUGAUCGAGGCACCCGUGCGAGACUCCGUGUUUGGGGCUUCAUGAUCCUGGCAGUUGUGUGCUUCUUCAAUACGAUUCCUCUGCUUGCCAUUUCUGCCCUUGCCAACUUGGCGGCGCUCACACAAAUACCGGGAUUGGAAUUUCUGGACAAGUGGCAGUCUGCGAGUAACAUCACCUUCUCUAUAGUGUCUGGUGUUUUGCCACCCGCAGUCUCUGGUAUUUUCUCAUACUUCUUGCCAAUUAUCAUGCGUCGUUUGGCAAAGUAUUCUGGUACCAUUACUCGCUCUAGUACGGACGCUCAAGUUGUUGCGCGGUAUUACGCAUUCCUCGUCAUCUCACAAUUCCUCAUUUUCAGUCUGAUCGGCGUUGGUUUUGAUGCGGUAAGCAAGAUCAUCAACGAUGUGAACCAGUCAGAAAGCGCUGCGGCUGUUCUUAACGACCUAUCCAAUGCACUGCCGGGAGAAAUUCAAAGCACUUACGUGUCGCAAUCGAACUAUUGGCUCACCUGGUAUCCUUUGCGCGGCUUCUUGGUCGUUUUCGAUCUUGCACAGUUGAUCAAUCUCAUCUACAUCUUCAUCCGGACUCACCUGUUUGGGCGUACACCACGUGACAUUCGCGAUUGGACUAAGCCACCUUCGUUUGACUAUGCCAUUUACAGCUCAGCUAUCCUGUUUAUGGCCACCGUCGCACUUCUCUACGCACCCUUGGCACCUCUUGUGCCCGUCAUGGCAACAGUCGUCUUCUGGAUCAGCUCAUUCAUCUACAAAUAUCAGUUGAUGUUCGUAUUUACCACCAAGAUUGAAAGUGGAGGACGCAUGUGGAACGUUGUCAUCAACCGGCUUCUUAUGGCUACAGUUUUUAUGCAGCUUUUGAUGGCUUUGACGAUGUGGCUUGGAGCUGGUCGUUUGGCUGCCAUUUCCAUGGUCCCGCCGAUUCUCAUUGUUCUAGCCUUCAAAAUGUACACCGCUCGUGUUUUCAAUGGUCGCUUCAUGUUUCAUACCCCAGAUGGCGACGAACUGGCGGUUGGCAAGGUUUAUUCGCAGAAGGCUGAUGUCAAGAGAGCGCGCCUUGGAAAGCGUUUCGGUCACCCUGCUCUCCACGCCGAACUGUUUACCCCUAUGGUUCAUGCCAACAUGGCCAAGCUGCUUCCAGAAGUCUACCACGGUCGUUUGACCUACGGUACAGCGAAGGUUGCGGAGUACGGAAACCAGAAGUUGGGCGCCCAGAUUGCGGGUGGCAUCACCAUAGCCUCUGUGGAACAGAACGAUCUCGAGUACGACCCCCAGCUCUAUCAGAGAGAUCGUGGAGAACAGGACUGGGAUACACGGUCGAUUGCUUCCACCGUUGCUUUCGGCUCGUCUCAGGAAGUGAAGUCUACCUUUGUUCCGUUAGUCGAGGGUGUCCAUGACCACGAAAAGCCAAAACUGGCCGCCAUCGACAGUUACCUUCAGUACGGCCCUGGGCAUCAAGCAGGAGCAUCGACAACAUCUUUGACAUCUUCACUGGAUGAUAGUGAACUGAACAGGGCGGCAUAUCACGGCGAUGAUAACCGGCCGCUGCUUAAUCGCCAGAUUUCUGGAGAUACACUUGUCAACCGCGCAGAAAGCCCCAUGACCUAUCCGCCCAUGUACCCUUCUCCUUUGGCGGGUCCACAAGGCAUCGUCCCGCCCUACGAUAUCAAUCGUUCGAGGACGCCCACAACUGAACCCCUUCUCCCUCGCUCCCGCAUUCCCACCGCUGACAACCUGGCAUACAGCCCCCGGCCUGGGCCCCCAUCGAGGCAGCCGACUGCAGAGUGGACAGCCUCCCCAGUCAAUGUCCGCCCCGUUCCCCCUUCCAGGCAAGCACCUGCAAAUUGGGAAGCCAUGAGUGGCGCUUCACCCGCCCGUUCAACCCCACCACCGGCGCUAAAUGACAACUGGGAGUUCCCCAAUCGCGGAAUGACGCCCCCAUUGCGGCAGGCAACCUCAAAUUGGGAUCCAUCUUCUGUCUCUCGGCCUCGCGGUCCUAACCCACCUUCCAGGCAACGUACCGCAAAUUGGAAUCCGGAUGGUGUGAACAUCUCGGGCCGUGGCGCUUAUAAUAGGAAUGAUGCACUGGGGCAGGAACCUCGCGUUGAUGUUUCCCAUCGGUCUUUUAUGUAGAGUGGUACAAGGACUUAUCAUGUGUUGAAUUCUCUGGACUUAUAUAAUUACUGCACCUGCGGUGUAUGUAACGUGCCCUUCUCAAAAUACACUGUACACCUGGCAAUCGAACUU